AUGUUCAGACCCCCUAUCAACCGCGCAAUGCGCGUACUUGACCGAUCAUUCUUCAAAAAGACCAUACCUCUUGCUGCGGCCACAGUAUUUGAAGCAAGGAAUCUUGGCCGGAUUAAGACCGAGCUGGCGAAGAGCAAUGAUAUUCUGAACGCUCCGCGGCUACCGGCUAUUCGAUAUGUCCAGAACCCCACCACGGAGGAGGAAAAGAGCAAAAAGUGCAUCUUGCUGAAGGAGCAGAUACAAGCCAAUGAUGCUGCUACAUGGUCCCCAACAAUACGGGAAUUGGUUGAAGCGAAGUCCGUGGAGUUGAAACCAUAUGAUCUUCACCUUGAUUAUGACUACUGGCUCUAUCACGAUAUUCUUUCUUCAAUACUGCCAGAGGAACAUCUCGAGGAAACACCGGCGGGUUUCAACCAAGUUGGCCAUGUUGCACAUCUUAAUCUGAGAGAGCAAUAUCUCCCAUAUAAACAUUUAAUUGCGGAAGUUAUCCGAGAUAAAAACUCGACGGUCCGAACAGUGAUCAACAAGGUCGACGAUGUUGGUGCAAACAGCGAAUAUCGCACUUUUGCCUACGAGCACCUGGUUGGGGACGAAGAUAUGAAUGUUGUCCAGCAUGAGCAGGGAUGCGAGUUUGCAUUCGACUACUCUAAAGUAUACUGGAAUUCACGCCUAGGAAACGAACAUACAUACCUUGUUGGCAGGUUCAAAGAAGGAGAAGCUGUAUGUGAUGUCAUGGCUGGCGUGGGACCCUUUGCUCUGCCAGCGGGUAAGAAGAGGGUAUUCGUUUAUGCGAAUGAUCUUAACCCCCACGGAUAUGAGAAGCUGAAAGAAGGUGCUGCUCGGAACAAAGUUAGGGAAUUCGUCCAACCAUUUAACAUGGAUGGAAGGGAAUUUAUCCGACACGCUUCACAGGAGCUAUGCGUUAACGGCCCACGCCCUGUCAAGAUAUACCCCAAAGUGAAACGUACCGAGGCCGCUGAGAAGAAAGCUGUUCCUCCACAAGUAUACAAAUGCCCACCUACCUUUGACCACUACGUGAUGAACCUUCCGGCUUCCGCAAUUGAGUUUCUAGACGCUUUUGUCGGUGUUUAUGCCGGAAAGGAGUCAAUGUUCGAGCCGCACACCCAGCGCAAGCGCCCGUUUGUUCAUGUUUACUGCUUUUCAACCAACUCCGAUGACAACGCUGUUGAGUUUGCGGAUAUCUGCAACCGCAUUUCGGAAAGGAUACAGUACAAGAUUACCCCUGACGAUAUGAUUGGUGGUACGGGAAACCAGGAUCUUGAGCUUGAGAUUCGGGAUAUCAGACUUGUCUCGCCGAACAAGAGAAUGUUCUGUGCUUCCUUUAGGCUUCCGGCAGAAGUUAUCUUCAAGUCCUAA